AUGGGUCUCUUCAAGUCGAGCAGCGACAAGCCGGCGGCCGAGCAGCAAAAGGGGAGCGACAAGAAGUCGCUCUACCAGCGCUACCAGGACUCGAAGCGCGGCGAGCCCAUUAGCGACGCCGACCUGCUCAAGUACGCGGGCAAGACGCGCGACGAGUUUGAUUCCUGGAAGGACACGCAGCCCGGCGUCGGCCGCAACCAGCUAGCCGGUACGCUGGCCAUGGGCAACGCGGCCGGCCUCGCGGGCGUGGCCACGGCCGGCGGUUACGGCGGCUGGGGACCGGGCGCCGCGCCCAACGGUCCCAAUCGCGGCAUGAAGUUUCCGCCGGCGCAGCAGCAGCAGCAGCAGCAGCAGCAGCAGCAGCAGCAGAAGCAGCAGAAGCAGCAGUCAGACAAGGAGAAGGCGCUAGAGGAGAGCGACUAA